CCAGAGGCGGGGCCAGCCGGGCCAGCCUCGCCUCGGUGGCGCUGAGGCGGCGGAGGGAGCAGGCGGGCGGUGGGCUGGGAGGCAGGCAAGCAAGCGGGGCAAGGAAGGCAGGCAGGAGGCAGGAUGAGCGGGACCGGAGAGCCGCCUGCCCCUUCCUCUGCCUCCUCCUCAUCCGCUGGGAAGAGCGAGAAGCUGGACGAGGCUCAAGCGCUGGCCCGCAGUUGCGCCGGGAGACCCGACUUCCAGCCCUGCGACGGGCUCUCGCUCUGCGCCACCCACAGCCACGGGAGGUGCUUCCGACUCCACUGGUGCUGCCACCUGGGAUGGUGCCACUGUAAAUAUGUUUAUCAACCUAUGACUCCGGUCGAGCAGCUUCCAAGCACCGAAAUCCCUGUUCAGCCUCGAGGAUCCACAAACACCAUUCAGAUCUCUGUCUCGCUCACGGAACACUUUUUGAAGUUUGCACCUGUCUUCCAACCACCGUUGCCCCCAGACUCCCCCCGGUUCUGCACAAUCUCGGACCUCUUUAUUGACAACUACCGUGUGAAAUGCAUCAAUGGGAAGAUGUGUUAUGUCCAGAGGCAACCUCCUGCUGUACCCCAUAAAAUGAAGCCUCAGGAGGUCCCCACACGCAAUGCCUUAAUUCUGAGAGAGAAUAAUACACCAAAAAUAGAUCAUUGCUCUUCCCCCUCCAGCUCUGAGGACUCUGGGAUCAAUGCCGUUGGGGCUCACUAUAUGGAGUCCUGUGAUGAAGACACCGAGGAAGGGGCGGAGCUCAGCUCAGAAGAAGAUUAUAGUCCAGACAGUAGCUGGGAACCGGACGAGUGUCCCCUCUUAUCACCCUCACAAUGUGAACUAGAAGUGAUUGAGACCAUAGAAACCACAGUGUGAAAUGCUGACCUGGGAACUAGCUAGGCAUAUUUGAAACAAUACUGGUUUUCUAGCAUUUAUACCGGCUUUUUCUGACAGGUCUUUUUUUCCAAUGCACUUGAUAUCCCAUGAGGAAUGCAGUGACAGUAUUAGCCAUCUGUGAAGUAGCUGGUUGAUACGAAUUGUACCAAUAAGUUUCUAAGAGUCCUGUCAUAUCAUUUAAAGGGUGUCACCAGUUUGACAUCAUUACUUACAAACUCUCCCGUUAAGGGCACAUAAAUGUUGAAGAUCCAACCAAAUUGUAAGCUACUCCUACUCAUUCCAAAUUUUAAAUAAUAGAUAUGGUUACUCCUUUUGAACUACAAUUCAGUGUUUCAUGCUCUUCCAAAAAAACAAUAUUAGGUUUGCCAUAUGCCAGCUGGGUGAGCUGAGCUGAAUCUGUAUAUUUCAUGUAGGAGACCGAAGCUGUGCUUCUCAUUAGAGACUCUGUGUUCGGUGCACCACUUUCCAAGAAUCCUACAAACACAUUUUCCCAUCAAGAUUAACUCAGGGGUUCCCAGCAUAAGCACAAUACAUUGUCGAUAACUCAAACCCUGUCUCUGGAACAGGAGAAUGAGAAAGAGGCUAGAACUGAAAUCCUCCGUAAGACUGGGUUUAUACUGCCAUCUGACCAAAUUCCAUUGGUCUCCUUAACUUAAAAUUCUUUAAAUGGUUCCCGAGUUAACUGGAUUUAGUCGUGAAGUCCUGGUGUACCUACGAGAGCUGCUAAUGUGAAACUGGUCCACGAUAAUUUCAGAUUCAGUGCAUAUUCACACUACUAAACUUUGAGUUUGUUUUCCUAACCUGACAGGUGUUUGGCUUCAAAUGAACCCAAAGCAAAACAGAUUAAGCUGUCGCCUUCUGAUCAUAGCAGACAGCUGCCACGAGUCUAUCAGAUCCUGUUCAGGGAGAAAAGCAGCACAACUAAUCAGUGUCAUGCUUGCUCCUUCUGGGACAAAUACAUUCACACAACACCCUUCUGCUGUGAUGAUGAUCAACCUAUGCACACUAGAGCUGAAAUGUAUUUCAAAUAGCUGUGCAUGAAUUGACCAUAAGGCAACCAAACAUUAGAAACCAGCUCGAUGUGUAAGAAGGCAGUGGAGUACAAUAGUCCUAUUCUACCGAUCGCUUACUCUAGUUCUGAUUUGGUGAUGGUUCCAGAUUCAUUUUUAGUACUGAGGUCAAAGUAUUAUCUGUUUAAAUGGACCAUUCCUAUGCCCAUUAGGCAGAAAAGUAACUAGCUAAAAGAGAGGCUGCCACUGUAAAUGUAGUUGCUGGAGCACUUGGAUUUCAUCAAAGAGCACUUAAAUCAGGAGCAGCUAAUUGGCCUAACCCUUCCCUCUUUCACUAUGUCUUGCAAACCCUCCAUAAUAAUUAGAUCCCAUUAUCAGAUACAGAACUGAUGAAACAUGUACAGUGGUCAGACAGGUCUUUAACACCCCUGCUGUAAUUGUGUGUCAGCUUUCGUGAUACAGAGGCAGGUUAUUGUCUGGGGAAAGAUCUGCUGACCGGUCCAAGCGUAGUGACCCUUGUAAGGAUGUGUGACUGUUUUUUCUUUUGAGUUUUGCUGUUGUUGUACUUUAGUCAGCAAAUUAAAGUAUAGCAGUCAUGCGAAA